GUGGCCUUGUUUUGUGGUAUUCGUUGACCGGGUUGUAACGUCCCGAUCACGCGUUUUCUACCGAAAAAUCGUAAAAGUAGGUUCUCGCGGUCGACCGAAACGAACGAACAACCGCGUAAAGAUCGAGAUCGUGUGUCUCAGUGGUGUUUCGAAUGCACGCGGGUUUGAAGUAAAGCGAGUGAACCCAGCUCCGGUAGAGGGGAGCAGGCAGUUUUGCCUGGUCGUAUAUGUAGCCCGCUCUGGGAAAAUGAAAAUGGCGGUGUUCCCGUAUGAACGGUGCAACGGCCACUGACGAUGUUCGUCACGGUAACGGACACGUGAGCUGAAUCAAGUGUGGGAUUUUCACGCGUCUUGUGUACAUUCACGAGGAUUGUUCAGUGUCACAUUAUAGGCGGGAACAAGUCGGUGCAAACACGAUAUAGGAUAGCCAGCGCGAUCUUUUUUUUUAGUCGAUCGAGGGACAAACAAACACGAUGGAGUGACACCGCGAAGUGUUGACUCCGUGGACAAGUGGGAAGUGUCGGCUAAUACAUUCGCGUAGUUGGAGGAUACAAAGCCUUCAUGCCGAUGCCGGCCGAAUACCACGAGAACCACGGUAACCACGAGAACGCUAAUUUCGCUCUCGGGGCCACACAGGACGCCAGCAACAUGACGGCCAAUAUGUACCGGGUGGGAGAUUAUGUAUACUUUGAAACAUCUUCCACAUCUCCUUACCAGAUUAGGAGGAUAGAAGAAUUAAAUAAGACGGCAAGUGGAAAUGUUGAAGCUAAAGUCAUGUGCUUCUUUAGGCGGAGGGAUUUACCAUCUACAUUAAUCAUGCUUGCAGAUAAACAUCAAUUGGCAAGCGCGGAGCAGCAGAGGUCAGAUUCCCCUGCAAGCACACAGAGUCAGAAACUCGAGAUUCCAGAUACUACUAAGGAAAUGACUAGUAAAGAUGGGAUUGGGCCCAAAAUGAUGAACAAAGGGGGCGGGAAGGGGGGCUGGCUGAAGGCCCCACUAUCAGAGGCCCAAGAGCCUCAUGGGAUGGAAGAAAGUGUAGUGGGCGCUGGAGGAGUUACAGAAUUAAGCUCUAAACAACGUCAUCAAAUGAAGCACAGAGAACUAUUUCUAUCGCGGCAAGUGGAAACAAUGCCGGCAACACAUAUAAGAGGCAAAUGCUGUGUAACGUUGUUAAAUGAAACGGAAUCUCUACUAAGCUAUUUAAACAAAGAAGAUUCUUUCUUUUAUUGUUUAGUAUUUGAUCCAGCUCAACGUACUUUGCUUGCUGACAAAGGCGAAAUUAGAGUAGGUAGUAGAUAUCAAGCUGAUGGCAUAGCGCCAUCUCCGCUCACGCCUGCUGAAAGGGAAUCGGAUCCUCGUAGGUUACAGGAUUUAGAAACAUUGGUUUGGACACCGCGACAUUCGCUAACAGAUCGUCAGAUCGAUCAAUUUCUCGUUGUCAGUAGAUCCGUAGGCACAUUCGCAAGAGCUUUAGAUUGUUCAUCUUCGGUUAAGCAGCCCUCUUUACAUAUGUCUGCAGCAGCUGCAUCAAGAGACAUUACUCUUUUUCAUGCAAUGGAUACUUUGCACCGGCACAAUUACGAUGUUGCAAAAGCAAUGUCAUCUUUAGUGCCUAGUACAGGUCCAGUAUUAUGCAGAGACGAAAUGGAAGAAUGGAGUGCAUCCGAAGCAAAUCUUUUUGAAGAGGCGCUUGAUAAAUAUGGGAAAGAUUUUGCUGACAUUCGUCAAGACUUUCUACCAUGGAAAACAUUAAAGAAUGUUAUUGAAUAUUAUUAUAUGUGGAAGACGACGGAUAGAUACGUACAACAGAAAAGGGUAAAAGCUGUAGAAGCUGAGAGUAAAUUAAAACAGGUUUAUAUACCAAAUUACAAUAAACCAAACCCACCCACGACUGCACCUUCUGCAGCAACAAUUGUACCUCUUGGUAACAGUAAUAGCAACAGUAACGGAAAACCAGCCAGUGUUCUCAAUGGCAAUAGUAAUGGCAACAUGGCGACCGAUAAUACCGGUAUAUUAAUGGUCGGGGUUGGUGGUAAACCAUGUGAAAGUUGUCAGGUUAUGCAAAGUCCCCAAUGGUAUGCUUGGGGCCCGUCACAUAUGCAGUGUCGUCUGUGUCAGUCCUGUUGGACGUACUGGAAAAAGUACGGAGGUCUUAAGGUCCCAUCGCGUAUUGACGAUGUCGACUUAGAAAGAAAAAAAGGCAGUACAGGCUCAGACGAGGAAAGUAAAGGAAUUGGCGGUGCUCAUAGACCGCAUCGAUGUAGUAUUCCUUCUUGUGGUAAGGAAUUCAAGCUCAAAGCGCAUCUGAGUCGUCAUUAUGCGAGUGCUCAUGGCGUUGAUUUACGUGGAAGCGGAGCAAGUGGAGGCGGCGGUGGUGGAUCUCCUAGACCUGUGAUGAAAACUCGUUCUGCAUUUUAUUUACGUACUUCAGCUUUGGCACGUGCUGCACGAAGACUAUGCGCAGCACAAUUACGUACACGCCAUGCAGCGCGAGCGCCCCAUCAACCUGUAAAUGCAGCACCGCUGCGACAUCUUUGCGCUUCUCCUCAAUUAACAUCGAAAAGUCCUGCAGAGUUACGUAUUUUAGCACGUGCUGUGCGACCACGACCACGUCCACGCGUGACUGAUAUAGCAACACGUUUAGGCGAUCAUCCGGCUCCGCGACAACCUGGUGAUUGGGAUUGGUUAGCUCUUACAGCACCGGCACAACGAAAAGAGCCUGAUCGGGUAUCUUUCCCUAAACCGCCAAAAGCGCCGGAUGGAAGCCUUUUGUAUGAAAGGGUACCAAAUAAAUCCGAAGUGGAUAGGUUGCCGGUAACACCACCUCAAGCGCAACCCAGUAUGCAAACGCAACAAACAAUAUUAAAGCGCACAAGACCUCCAUUCGAUGAGAUCAAUGGAUCAGAUGGCUUCUACUCUGAUGUGGAUUGGGAUGAAGGUAUUGCCCUAAGUGCAGGGCUCCCUGGUGGACCACCUGCAAAAAGAGCUCAUCAUUCUCAGCAGUUACAUCCAAAGCACGCUUUGGAACACACUGCGCCUCCUGUUCUUCCAUUAGCACCACCUCUAAAUGGAAGAGCUGCUCAUCCACAUACCUUGCCUCAUGGCCCUCCAUUGUCUAGAAGUAAUGCACGUAAACAAGUUAUUUCAUGGAUGGACGCGCCUGAUGAUGUUUAUUUUCGCGCUUCAGAUCAGACCAAAAGACUUAGAAGAACACUUUCAUCUGUAGAACUUCGACGAGCAGCGCGCAAACCGUGGCGUAGAUUACCAGCUCCUUUACAUCCUCCUCAUUCACAGAGAGCAGUACGCGGUGAUGACAUGGUCGUCAUCUUGGAUUGAAUCGUCAACAAUGCAAUCAAUCAGGCAAUCUGAUGAGAUGUCGGUUUGCUAUGAUGGAAUCAUGCUGUUAUUGUAAUUUUAAUGCCAGAGUGACCACAGUGAGGAUAUCCCAGCUUUAUGUAUUGUCAUUGGCAGCUCUGACGUUGAGCAAGGACUAAGCACUGUUCGGAAUUUUUUCAAUAAUUUUCGAGACGGUAAUUCGCCGAAACUGAAGGCCUCGCUUAACCGAAUUUGCAUAUUGCAUUGACAUCGCUGAAAUAUACUUCACGUGUAUGAACGACGAAAAAGCAAUUACUCUGGAACGGACAUUCAUCGAAUCUUUAAAAAAAAAAAAAUAGAAAAAAUGAAAAUAAGAAA